AUGGAAGUGGGCUCUCAAGCUAAGUCUUCCAUUCUUGGUCUACCUAAACCAGAUCCCAAGGCUAGAGUAGCCAUCCAGAAAAUUAGCCCUGCACAGAUGGAAGAAAGAAGGAAAAAGGGGUUGUGUUAUUACUGUGAAGAGAAAUGGAAUUCAAGCCAUAGAUGUAAAACUAGUCUAGAACUUUUUCUCAUGGAAACAGUUCCCAACGAAGAGGUUCAGCUAGGGGUACCAUUAAAGGAAUUAGACACAAUAGAAACAACAGGUGGGGGGAAGGAAGAAAAUCCUAUUGCUUACCCUGAAAUAUCUUUAUAUGCCCUCUUAGGAAGCCCAAAUCCGGGAACCAUGAGAUUAAUAGGGUUUAUAAAGGGAGUAAGGGUGACUAUUCUUCUUGAUACUGGUAGUAAUCACAAUUUUAUUGAUCCAACUAUUGUGUCCAAGGCUACUUUAACGAAGCAAUCAUCGGUUUUGGAAGUUAAGAUUGCAGAUGGGUCCGUGAUAAGAAGUGAGGGAAUCUGUCAUGGGGUAAUGAUAAAAAUGCAAGGGCAUGUGUUCCAAGUUGAUUUGUAUUCUCUAGCUAUGGAUGGUUAUGAUGUGGUAUUAGGAAUACAUUGGCUUAGAACUUUGGGCUUGAUUCAAUGGGAUUUCCAGAACCUUAUUAUGAGAUUUCUAUAUGAAGGGCAACAGAUUCUACUAAGAGGGGUGCAAUCAAAAGGGCCUAGCUUCCAAGAAGGGGAUGAAUUCUUCAAGAACUCUCCUAAGAAAGAAUUACCACCAAGCAAGGGGCAUGAGCACCAAAUAGUGCUCAAAGAGGGCACUCAACCUAUCAAUGUCAGACCUUAUAGAUAUCCUUUUUAUCAGAAGAAUGAAAUAGAGAAAAUUGUAAAAGACUUGCUGGAGAUAGGGGCAAUAAGGCCUAGUAAGAGUCCAUGUUCUUCACCUGUGCUCUUGGACAGAAAGGCAGAUGGUUCCUGGAGGACGUGCAUCGAUUACAAAGCUCUCAACAAGGAAACAGUGAAAGAUAAGUUUCCUAUUCCUGUUGUAGAUGAACUUUUAGAUGAGCUAUGUGGUGCUAAAAUUUUUUCUAAGUUAGAUUUAAGGUCUGGCUAUCAUCAAAUUAGAAUGAAAGAAUCGGAUAUUCAUAAGACAGUAUUUAGAACACAUGAGGGUCAUUAUGAAUUCUUAGUAAUGCCCUUUGGACUUACCAAUGCCCCAUCCACCUUUCAAAGCUUAAUGAAUGCAGUUUUUAAACCAUUUUUAAGAAAAUUUGUCUUGUAUAUACCUGGUACCUCAAGGCUAGAAGCAGUUGAUGUCCACCUAAAGUCCAGAACAACAGCAUUGGCUUUACUUAAACACAACCUAGUUGCAGCUCAAGAGAGAAUCAAAUCUCAAGCUGACAAGCAUAGAACUGAUAGAGAGUUCCAAAUUCUCCAAAGGAUUGGCCAGGUUGCUUAUAAGCUGAAUUUGCCCACUAGUUCAAGACUUCAUCCUAUUUUCCAUGUUUCUUGUUUGAAACCUAAGUUGGGAGCUCAAGUUAAACCUAUACCAACGCUACCUCCAGUGGAUGCUGAGGGUGUUCUUUGCCCUGAACCAGAAACUAUUCUCCAGAGAAGAAUGAAGAAAAUUCACAAUCGAGCUGUCACUGAGGUCUUGGUUCACUAG